AUGGCUAGUAAUGAGGAACCCGUAACUAAAACUAAAAAACCAUCUGAUAGUGCAUUUAAACAGCAGAGAUUACCAGCUUGGCAACCUAUACUAACGGCGGGUACAGUUUUACCUACUUUUUUCGUAAUUGGCAUAGCAUUCAUUCCUAUUGGAGUUGGUCUAUUGUAUUUCUCGGAUGAGGUAAAAGAAAUCGUUGUAGAUUAUACUAAUUGUGAACAAAAAUUACUUAAUAACAAUACAAAAGAAUAUGAUAUAAGUUCUGGAGAAACCUGUGCCAAAAUUAUUGAAAAAAAUUCAAAUGCCGAAUGUCAUUGUGCUGUGGAUUUUGUUCUUCCUGAAGAUAUACCGGGAAGCGUUUAUAUGUAUUAUGGAUUAACUAACUAUUAUCAAAAUCAUAGACGUUAUGUCAAAUCUCGAGAUGACAAUCAAUUAUUAGGACAUUUAGAAUUGACACCAAGCAACGAUUGUAAUCCUUAUCAAAUCGAUAAGAAAACACAAAAACCUUAUGCACCGUGUGGAGCAAUUGCAAAUUCUUUAUUUAAUGAUAACAUAACACUGUACUCAAAAAGUGAUGGAUGGGUACCAUUAUUAAAAACAGGUAUUGCUUGGCCGUCUGAUAAAAACAUUAAAUUUCGUAAUCCUCCAAUCGAACAAGGUGGUAGUUUAGAGGAAGCAUUUAAACCAUUUGCAAAACCACCAAAUUGGAAAAAGAACAUUUGGGAAUUAGAUUUGCAAGAUCCUAAUAAUAAUGGUUUUCAAAAUGAAGAUUUAAUUGUAUGGAUGCGUACGGCUGCGUUACCAACAUUUAGAAAAUUAUACCGUCGAAUUGAUCAUCAUAACUCUAAAUAUCCUGCAUUCCAGGAUGGCCUCCGUAAAGGAAAUUAUACUUUGAAUGUUGAAUAUUCUUAUUCGGUUUCUGGCUUUGAUGGUACCAAACGUAUGAUUUUAUCGAAUACAUCUAUACUUGGUGGUAAAAAUCCGUUUUUGGGGAUUGGUUACAUUGUGGUAGGAUGUCUAUGCCUUUUCUUGGGUGUAUUGCUGUUAUUUGUACACGUUAAAUGUAGUAAAAGCACAACUGAAAUGAUCAAUGUUAGUCCACGCACUCCAUAUUAGAUUCCUCGCAAUUCAAAUAGUAACAUAAAUCUUUUAAAAUGAUUAGUGAUCUCAUUUUGCUUCCUUAUUUGAAAAUAUGUUUAUUUCAUUCAGUCAUGUAAAACGGAAUUAUAUAUACAUCAUCGCAAUCGUAAUAAAAAAUGCAUAAAAUACAAAUUUAUUUAGAACUUUAAAAUUUCAAAUGUUAUAAAACUACCUCUGAUUUGAGAUAUUGAAUUUUAUUUUAAUGCUUUCUAGUAUACUUUUGACAUUUCCUUAUCCGUUAUAUAAAAAUCGGUGUUAAAAAACUUUUUAUCAGAUUUACAAAAGAUGUGCCUUUUUAAGAUAAAUAUACA